GGUAACCAAAUUUUAGGGAAGAGCGUCGUUAUGUGAGCAACCUCUCUGCGAAAGACGUAACCCCUUUAUUAUGCUUCUUUCAAGCCCGGUUAAUCUAAACCCUUAACGUAUCCGGGGUAGCGCAUUCUACAUGCCUUUUUUAAUCCGUUAGCUGGCGGCGCAAACUUGUUCACUAUGAAUGGGCUCGAAUGGAAACGUUCUCGCUCACUUUUUAAUUCGGGCUUUAGUGCUGGCUACAUCUUACAACAGACGUCUCACGUUGUUGAUGAGGCUGAAGUCUACGUCGAUAUUUUUAGAGAACAUGCUCGAAAAGGUAAAAUGUUCUCUUUAGACGGUGUGACUUGCUGGUAUAUGAUGGAUGUUAUUGGCGCCGUAGCCUUGGACUCACAACUCCAUUCUCAACAGCAGUUCAAUCCCCUAGCGUCGGCAUUGCGCCGGCAGACUCCCAUGACCAAGCUCCGCGCCGAGCAUGACGCCGUAUUCGGGGCCGACAUUACCGAAACGGCCAACACAAUGCGCGAACAGCCCCAUCUCCUCAAUCGACUCCCCUACACCACGGCAGUCAUCAAAGAAUCUUUACGCCUCUUCCCUCCAGCAUCCGCGAUGCGUGGCGGCCAACCUGGCGUGUAUCUCCAGGACGACAAGGGCAACAGAUAUCCGACCGAGGGAACAAACAUGUAG